AUGGUUGACCGACUGCCUGUUCCUAAACUGUCUACAUAUAUCUCGGCUACUGUAUUAUCCAUUUCAGCAGCUACCUAUUAUUCAGUUAAAUACAGCUUUGAUGCAGCACAUGAAUCAAAUUCUAAUAUUCAAGUUGAUGAAGAUCCGACAAAAACCGAUCCAAUGGAUGUAUACUAUGAACAAAUGCUUAAUGUAUUGGCAUUUAUGUUGCAAGAUCCUCUAUGCUUUUUGGUUCUUUGUAAUGGUGCAAUUUGUAGCAUUGUGAUGAUAGGCGCCGUUAUACAGUCACUGGUUCUUGGUAACUUAAGACCAGUAGAACACGUACAAUUUCGGGAACGUCUAUGGAACUGGGUUAUCUACAAAUUCAUUUUUAUGUUUAUAAUCCUCAAAGCUUAUACAUUGGAUAAAGUUGCUCUUUGGCUAUUUUGGUAUUCUACUCUAGGAUUUCUUCAUUUGAUGACCAGUUUGUGUAAAGAUCGAUUUGAAUAUAUGUGGAUGUCUAUGGGUACUGGAGCUAGAGUGAACUGGAAAUAUAUUCAUAUGUCUGUACUUUUAUCUAUUGGAUUUAUAUUUUCUUUGUUGCUGUUGAAUUUUGCAUACCUUGUUGGCCUCACACUAUCAAAACAUAUAUUUGCUUUUAUGGUCAUAGAGUGCCUGAUGUUGGCUGGAAGUAUUGUCCAUAUAUUUCUCCGACAUUAUAUCCAACUUUUUCAUCGAAAUUCUAUAAACCAUACAACUAGUCCUGGUAAAUUGAUUUACUACGCAGAAUUAGGUUUGGAUCUCGGUAUACGUGUGAUGGAGAUCCUUCAUUAUUCACAUGCUAUUAUAUGGACCAGUUCAUAUUUAACUAUGGCUGGUUUUGUAAUAUUUAUGCAUAUGAGACAACUGAUCAGUGAUAUUCAAAAACGACUACAAAAACAUAAGAAUUUUCUUUGGGUCCAUUCUCAUCUAGAAAAAAAUUAUCCUAUGGCAACUGCCAAAGAAUUAGAUACAAAUUCUGAUAACUGUGCAAUAUGCUGGGAAAAAAUGGAUUCUGCUAGAAAAUUGCCUUGUGGUCAUUUAUUUCAUAAUGGAUGUUUACAAUCUUGGAUGGAACAAGAACCAUCAUGUCCAACAUGCAGAUUGUCAUUAACAUUAGGUCACAAUCAAAGUAUGCCAACAAAUAAUGCUGGUCAAGAGAUGUUGAUUAAUCUUGCUCAUCCUCACAUGACUCACAUGCCUCAUCAUUUUUUCCACUUCGAUGGGUCUAGGUAUUUAUCAUGGUUACCAAGUUUUUCUGUUGAAGUAACACAUUCUCUAAGACCACCUACAAGUCAAAUACACACUUCACAAAUGGAAACAAUGGCUCGACAAGUUCUACAAUUGUUUCCACAUUUUAGUAUGAAUUUGAUUAUUGAAGAUUUAUCAACUACUCGUUCCGUUGAUUUAACUAUUGAUAACAUAUUGGAAGGUAGACUGGUAGCACCUCAACAAUUUGUAGAGGAGGAACCUGUUAUUGUCGAAACUGUGCCGAUUGUUAACAGCGUUGAACAAUUUAUCAAUACACCUACACCUUCUAGCUUUAACACAAAUAUUAGUGAACCCGCAAUAGAUGGACUUGUGAGUAUGGGCAGCCAGUUUUCUAAGUCACCUGAUGAAAGAGAAAAUAUGCUAAGAGCUCGUAAACAGGCAAUGAUUAUGAAGGCCAGACAGAGGUACAUGAACAAAGAUGGAGACGGUUCAUCAAAAACUGACUAA